AUGUCUCAAUCUAGAGACUAUUCUCGAACACCUGAAGACCCCGACGCAAUGGCGGCACAAUUGCUAGCGCAAUUGCAAAGCGCUUCCUCUCACACGACUCCCAUCUUCACUCCUAAGAGCUCCGAAAAUGCCCUUCAGCCAGUGCAACAGUCCACUGGAAACUCAAAAGAAUCCACAAUGACUUUUGAGAUUAUCGCCCCAGCGGUUAACAACCCUGGAGACUAUAAGUAUUUGCCCGGUCAUUUCGAAGUUCAUCGCAUUCUUGCAGUCGAUAUGGAUAAGCCAAAGCUCAUUGUGAGACUCAAAAGUGGUGAACGUCAAACUAUGACCAUCAAGAAAUUGAAAAGUCUCAAGAACGGACCGGAGGCUUUGCGUGAAUUCAACCGUGAAUCACAGAGUCCUGAUCCCCUGGCAAUGGACCAGGAACCUAUUUCACACCUCAUUUACUCAGGUGGAGAUGGUCCUACAGACCAUGAUUCAGAGAUGGACUGGGGACUUGCACGAAGGCGCCAACGGCGUGGCCCAGCAAUCUCAUACGAUCAUUUCUUCCGCAGUGGCGAUGAAGAUGACGAUGCCGACUACCAAACCCGCCGUGAAGAUAGCACCAGCGUGGAGAUUGAAGACUCAGAGGAGUCCAGCGAUGAUGAAUAUGAUGCUCCAACCAAACGCCGCCACCUGAGAAGAGGCGUACAAAAGGGCCGAAAGCAACACACUCGCGAAUGGUCUGGACAGUCUUCCGCCUCCGAUACAGGCAAACGAGCAUCAUCCCGUCUGCGACAAAGUCGUCGACGCAACAUGAAAGAGCGCCUUGAAGAUGACGAAUAUUCCGAGCGCGAAGUUGAGCAGCCUAAGCAAAAGUUCUCAGGUGCGCGGGAGCAGUUCCGUGAACUACCACUCGACAAUGGGUUCAGACAGUGCCACUCCCAGUUAUGUGCCCAAUGCGGCUAUGAAGAUCAUGACUCCGAAAAGGGAGCCUUGGUUUUCUGUCAAGGUUGUACUGUGUCAUACCACCAAGGAUGUCUUGGCGAUCGAAGCACUCGAAAGCACUUGGUCACCAAGGUUGACGAUGGUGAUUUCAUUCUUCAAUGCAGUCGUUGCUUGGGGAUCAAGCACCAAGAACAUGACAUGAAGCCUCAUUUGGGCCACUGUGCCGUGUGUAGAGACGGAGGACCCAUGUCGCAGCCUUUGCGGCAGACUCUUUCUUCCCAGGCUGAGCAGCAAUUGCGGGAGGCCAAUAAUGGCAUAGAUCCGAUUACCCACGUGGAUAUGUCUUGUGUCAACAAUGUCGACAAUGUCCUCAUCAGAUGCCUUGGUGGCACUCAUAGUUGCAAGCGAGCCUUCCAUCUCCAGCAUCUAUCAACUAUGGCAGAGGAGGAUCGUGCUGACAUUGAUCUCGCUAACUGGCAAUGCAACGCCUGUUCUGAAUCUCCCCCAGGGGCCAAUCCAAUCCAUGUGAUCGUUGCUUGGAGACCGAAGAAACCCGAAGUCAAUGUCGUUCCGCGGUUGGUUGAAAUGAUCCCGGAGAUCGACAAAGAAUAUCUUAUCAAGUGGAACAAGAUGUCCUACUUCCGUGUCACCUGGUUGACUGGAGACUGGGUCUGGUCCAAGUCCUCACCCAGCCAGAUGAAUGCGUUCCUCAAGUCAGAUCGAUCAACCAAACCCAUCAUGACAACAGCCGAGGCUGUCCCCGAAGACAAUCUGCGAGUGGACAUUAUCUUUGAUGUGGAAUAUCAUAUCGAGCCUGAAUCCCAAGAGGAUCGAGCAAACGCCGAGAUGGUUAAGCGGGCAUAUGUUAAGUACAAAGGGUUGACCUACGAAGACUCAGUCUGGGAAGAACCUCCAAGUCAGACCGACACAGCCCGUUGGGAGGACUUCCAAACAGCUCUUACGGACAGGGUGCUCCGAGAGAAUAUCCACCCCCCGAGGCCGAAAGAUCUUCAGAGCCGCCUCAAAGAUGCCCGCAGAAAGGAGUUUGACCAGAGCCUUAUGAUGACUGCUCAACCUGCGCUGGUGACCGGUGGUCAGCUCAUGGAGUAUCAGCUAGAUGGUGUGAACUGGCUGCUUUACAUGUUCUUCACGCGGAAGAACGCUAUUCUUGCUGACGAUAUGGGCCUCGGAAAGACAAUCCAGGUCUUGACGCUGUUCUCCGCAUUGAUCGAACAGCUCGACUGUUUCCCAUUCUUGGUCGUUGUUCCAAAUGCGACUGUGCCAAAUUGGCGCCGAGAGAUCAAGAGCUGGUCGCCAGACGUUCGCGUUGUCACAUAUUAUGGCAGUGCUCACGCUCGCGAGAUGACCAGCGAACACGAGAUGUUCCACGAGAAUGGCACUCUAUGUUGUCAUGUGGUCAUUGCUUCGUACGAGAGCAUGGCCGACGAUGGGACUAAGCGAGUUUUUUCCAGUGUUAAUUGGGCCGGCUUGGUGGUUGAUGAAGGUCAGCGCCUCAAGAAUGACAAGACCCAGCUCUAUGAGCGCCUUCGUCGCAUGAAAUUCGGUUUCAAGUUGCUGCUCACUGGCACACCACUUCAGAACAAUAUCAGAGAGUUGUUCAAUCUGGUUCAGUUCAUCGACCCAACUUACAAUGCCGAGCAAUUGGAGGUCCAAUACGGAGGAACCCUAGACAAGGAAGACAUUCGCAAGCUCCACGACAUGAUUCGACCAUUCCUUCUGCGUCGAACAAAGGCAGAGGUUUUGCCGUUCCUCCCCCCGAUGGUGCAAAUCAUCAUCCCGAUUUCGAUGUCGGUUGUGCAGAAGAAACUGUACAAAUCAAUUCUGCGAAGGAACCCGCAGCUUAUCAAGGCUAUUUGCAAGAAGCAAACCGGGCAGUUGAAGAAAGCGGAGCGGCACAAUCUGAACAACAUCCUCAUUCAGCUGCGGAAGUGUCUUUGUCACCCGUUUAUUUACAACCGGGACAUCGAAGAGCAAACCAUGGAUACUCAACUUUCCCAUCGGCGCUUGGUCGAAGCAUCCGGGAAACUUCAGUUGCUAAACUUAAUGCUACCUCGACUUCGAGAGCGUGGACACCGCGUCCUCAUCUUCAGUCAAUUCUUAGAGAACCUUGACAUUGUUGAAGACUUCCUCACUGGACUGGGACUCCAGUACCGCCGCCUGGAUGGACGUUUGUCCUCGAGAGAAAAACAGCAACAAAUCGACCAGUUCAACGAUCCGGAUUCCCCGUUCUUUGCUUUCUUGCUUUCGACGCGGUCGGGUGGUGUGGGAAUCAACCUUGCCACUGCCGAUACAGUGAUCAUCAUGGAUCCGGAUUUCAACCCCAAGCAAGACAUGCAGGCUUUGUCCCGUGCCCAUCGAAUCGGACAGAAGAAUACGGUUCUUGUGUUCCACCUGGUAGUGCGCGCGUCAGUGGAAGAAAAAAUUAUGCAGAAAGGUAAAACCAAGAUGGCCCUUGAUCACGUACUUAUCGAUCGCAUCGAAGCCGACGAAGAUGAAGAAGACCUGGAGUCAAUCCUCAAGCAUGGUGCCCAGGCUCUUUUCAAUGAUGAUAACUCGGCAGAUAUCACCUAUGAUAACCCCUCCAUUGACAAGCUGUUGGACCGUAGCCAGGCUGAGCAAGCCGAGCAAGUGGCCAACGAGGGAAGUUCGAACCAGAAUGAGCAGGCGCAGUUUAACUUCGCCCGAGUGUGGCAAAAGGAUCAAGGUAGCCUUGAAGAAGUGACUGAGACUGAGGACACCCCUGUGGACAUUACAGCGUGGGAGAAGAUUCUGCAGGAGCGUGAGCGUGAAGCGCUCGAGGAGGCUAACCGACAAGCUGAGGGUCUUGGGCGCGGUAAGAGAAAGCGCGGUGCGCCCCGCUACAAUACCAUCAUCGAAGGAGUUGACGACGACGACGAGAAUCCCAGUCCCCAGAAGCCGCCUACCAAGAUGCGAAAGGGCAUUGCUGAAGAUAACGAAUAUCAGCAGCCAGACGACGGCGAGGAGACUGGGUCCGACCUUGGAGGUGACCCAAUGGUCACCGCAUAUGAUGGAAUUGAACCAAUGGGCACUGGGGUUGGUGGUGAGGAGACUGAACCUGGAGCUGAGCAAAGCGGAGCUGUAGAGGAUGCCGCUGUCGGCCCUAAUGUGAAUGCUGAACAGCGAGCCCGCGCGUUCCGCCGUGUUGAAUCUCCACCCCUAGUGGUAGGGACCCACGACAUCCAAGUUGCUUCCCCGCCUUGUGCGGCAUGCCAAAAAUGGCACACCCCUGGGUGUUGCCCACUCCGCCACGCCGGCGUCGAGUUCUGUGGCCUGUGUGGCCUGGCGCACUUAGGAGGCCGCCGUGCCUGCCCCCACCUGCAGUCAAGCGUACAGGUCACCCGUAUGCUGGAAGCACUGGAGAAGAGCACGGAGGCCCCAUCCCUCAUCUAUGGGGCGAAGAAAUACCUUCAAGGUAUUCUCAAAUCGGUUGCGCGGACCGCUCGGGAUGAACAGAAGAAGGCUUCGCUUCCCGCUCAGCCGGAGCCUCAGAUUCGGCUCACCUCAUCCUCAGUUGGCGGGGGCCGCACCAAUGUCAUUGAUUUGACAGAGGCAAGUGGUGAGUCCUAA